CUGCUACGUCGGUACUUUGAAAUGUAGUUGUGUCAGCUGCAUUCUUGUCGCUAAUCAAUGUACUUAACACCAGCCCCUUAUUUUUAAUCAAUCGUGUCUGACGAAUGUGGUUUUUCUUCUCCGGUUUUGAGUUUUACCAAGGGUAACACAUGCCCAUAUACCGAGUAGUGUGUAUAGAAGCAGCAAAACAUCAAAAUAAUACAUUUAUUACAUUUAUUUGAAAAGAAACUGUAAUCUAAUACCUAGCCAGACCAGAAAAGAUGAAAAAUACGUUAUCAGCUGACUCUCAACGGCCCGUUCACGAUACGCAUACGACUAAUACGAGUAACACGUUUGGCUUUCUGAUGAUACAUCUUCACGAGAGACGAUCUUCGUGUUUGAUCAGCUGGUGUAGGAAUGAGCGAGUUACAAAACAUUGAAAACCAGUUUACACAAAGGACAUAAGUGUGAUUUAACAGUGGACGCCGACCCUAUGGUUAACAGCCUCGAUUGAACUGGAUAUAGUAAACGGGAUAUGUCAACGAAUGGAUCCUGCUACAGCUACAAUACCGACCGACUGUGAAGCAGAGUCAAGUUCAGUCUGGAGCUGGUGGCCUUCCUGGCGGCCAACCUCCAUGUCCCUGUUGAAGACUACAGAGUCCAAGAUCCUUGCCUGUAUUCAGAAUGACCUGUGGGCCAGGUUUGUGACCCUACCAAACCAGGACCGAAUAUGGACUCUGACCCUCACCAACAAGAUGCUUCGCAAACCUGCAGAACAAGCACGUAAGACACCCUUAGUGAUGGUGCAUGGUUUUGGAGGAGGGGUAGGACUCUGGGUCCGGAACCUGGAUGCUCUCAGCCGGUGGAGGCCUGUCUAUGCCUUCGAUCUCUUGGGCUUUGGCAGGAGUUCCAGGCCUUCCUUCCCUUCAGAUGCUGCCAAGGCAGAGGAGCAGUUUGUUGACUCUAUCGAACAGUGGAGGCAGUCGCUAGGUCUGGAGAACAUGAUCCUGCUGGGACACAGCCUGGGAGGAUACCUGGCCACUUCCUAUGCCAUCCAGUACCCUUCGAGAGUGUCCCACCUUAUCCUGGUUGACCCCUGGGGUUUCCCUGAGCGACCACAGAACCAGCAGAGUCAAAAUCAGAAGUCCGAGGAGGUGAAGAGGCAGUCCCCUCCUCGCUGGGUGAAAGCAGUUGCAAAUAUUGUUUCCUACUUCAACCCGCUGGCGGUCAUCAGAGCAGCAGGCCCAUGGGGUCCAGGCUUGGUGAACAGAUUCCGUCCCGAUUUCAAAAGGAAAUUUGAAGACCUGUUUGAUGAUGACACUAUGACGCAGUACAUCUACCACUGUAACGCACAGACUCCGAGUGGAGAGGUGGGUUUCCGGGCCAUGACGGUGUCUCUAGGCUGGGCUAAGAGGCCUAUGCUGCAGCGGGUUCAUCUGCUGCCCCCCUCCAUGCCCGUCACCAUGGUAUACGGAGCACAAUCCUGGGUGGACAGCUCGUCUGGGGAUGAAGUGGUCCAGAUCAGGAGCGAGGCUAACACCAAAGUACUGCUGAUAAAUGGAGCGUCUCACCACGUGUAUGCUGAUCAGCCAGAGGAGUUCAACAGAGUGGUCGAAUAUAUAUGUGAGUCCGUUAACUGAAUGUAUGUCGACAGCUCAUAGUGAUGGUUUUAGUUCUCUGACUUUUGCAUGUGACACAUGACUUUAGAUUGGGGUAAAACUAGGCAUCCUGAGCGUGAAUGUGAUUAAGUUCUGAAUCAUAAAUGAUUAUUAUUAUUACAGUGAAGCUUUUUGCUGAUGUUUGUUAGCCAGUAUGUGUUGUGUUAUCAGUAACCUUAUUUGAAACAGGAUUGGGUUCAUACAUAGUACAAAGUGAACUACUUAAUCCUCCACUAUAUAUUGUUGCUUUGUCAUGUAUUAUAACUGAAACAGAUACAUUUUUAUUUAUUAGGCUACUGACCAGCCACAUCACUCCUGAUCUAUUCAUUGACAUGUGCCUGACAUAAUGUUGUCUGUUUUUUUUGCUUUUCUUUUAAGUUUUUUGUAUUGUAUUAAACAACUGUUUUAUACUGUGUAAUCAAUAAAAAGUUUAAUUGUCAAACUA